CAAUCAGAGAUCCUCAUCUUCUACCUCCGAUCUCUCUGGUUUUUUUUUUAUAAAAAAUUUCAUCAUGAAGCAUGAAGAUGGCGGCUUCGGGAAGGUCAUUCCAUCGUCGCACCAUCUAAGCCCUUCCUUCGUUGGAGGCAUCGCCGCUAUCGGGAAAAGCCAUUUCCGGCGGACUUCGAAGGCUGUAAUCAACAAUCACAAGUUGAUUCCGCUUCUACAUAUAACGGAGUCCGGCCGCGUUGGUUUCUUGGAGAGAUUUUCGCAUUAUGUUGCGAGGCAGUUAGGGCUUUCAGAUGCAGAUGAGUAUCCUCAACUCUGCAAGCUAGCGAACAAUUAUUUGAGGAAGACGAAAGGAUGCGUGGAAGAAAUUUAUGCAUAUUUCGCGAGUGAAUCCGAGGCGGAAUCCCUGUAUCUGAAGUUAAUGGAUGAGUUUGAUCAAUGCAUCUCGAGUUAUUUCGCAUUCCAUUGGAGCCAAGCUCCCUUGAUGAUCAGUCAGGUUUUGAGUGUCGACUCCGAGCGCAAGAAGCUGAAAGAUCUUGUGGUGGCAGCGACUAGGAAGGAGAGGUUCGAUAGGGUGUGUAAGGAUCUGAAAGUGACAAGGGUAUUCUCUACUUUGGUGGAGGAAAUGAAGAAGAUAGGUUGUGCUCCAUCUAAGGGUGAGUCGAAAUUCUCCCACACGAUACCGCCAUCGUCUCGAAAAGAUAGGAGGCCUGUGCUUCUUCUUAUGGGUGGUGGCAUGGGCGCUGGCAAGAGUACUGUCCUCAAAGACAUUUGCAAAGAGCCCUUCUGGUUGGAAGCAGAAACAAAUAGAGUGAUGGUAGAGGCAGAUGCCUUCAAAGAGACUGAUGUUAUCUACCAAGCCAUCAGCUCAAUGGGCUAUCACGACGACAUGCUUCAAACUGCCGAAUUGGUACACCAGCCAUCUACCGAUGCUGCAUCAUCGUUGCUGGUCACAGCAUUAAACGAGGGACGGGAUGUGAUCUUGGAUGGCACACUGUCUUGGGAGCCAUACGUUAUGCAGACGAUUGAAAUGGCUCAAAACAUUCACAAGCGUCGAUAUCGAAUGGGAGUUGGGUACAAGGUAGAGAAUGGAAAAGUGACAGAGAAUUACUGGGAGGCUAUGAGUGAAGAAGAAGAGAAGGAAUUGAGGAAGGAGCAUGGAGAAAUGCAAAAUAGAAUGGCUUAUAGAAUAGAGUUGGUUGGAGUUGUUUGUGAUGCUCAUCUAGCUGUUGUUAGAGGAAUAAGGUAA